CCAGUAUUACGUUUUAUGAAACAGGCAAAAAAUAUAAGAUCCACUGUAUAUUCAAAGGACCAAAAACAUCAUAUAUACUACAAUUAUCCCGAUCAGAUACGCAUUUCGCAAUGCUCGUGUUUUCAUUUUGGUGGCUCGAGGCGCCAAAACACUUCAAAUGAAAACAACCAAAACACGACAACUGCCAAGUCUGCUCUACUCUCCAGCAAGAAGUGUUGUGGUUUCUUCUACUGUGACGAAGAUCGAAGAGUAAACAGCAUCAGAAUGAACUGGGAGGAAGAACUGACAGGGAGUGUUCACCAUUAUCUACCAGGCCUCUGUGAAGAAAAGGUUCAACAAGUUGUGACCCAUUUAAUAGAAGUAACUGGUGUGGAGAGUAUGGGAGACACCAGUCUUGUGACAGAAGCUGACUUAAUUGAAGUUUUAAAACCUCUCCAGUCAAGAAAACUUAUAGCAGGGUGGAACCCCAAGGGAUCAGAAGGAGUUUCUACCUCACUACUACCGCAGCCACCUCAGAGAGUACCCAUGCUGGUACUGGAUGAUAUUCCAGGCCCAUUGAACUCUGAAUGGGUUCAUGAAUUCACCAUACCAUGGGAAAAUACACACCAGAACUGCGCAGAUCCUUGA